CGGGAAAGCCUCGGCCGAUUCUCUGCCUAUUUGGCUGGAGGCCGGUGGAUACCCGAGGGAAGCGUAGGAAGUUAGAAUUCACGGUAUAACCCCAGCCAGAGAGCAAGCCUUUGCCGGAGCCGGAGCCAGAACCCCCCCCCGACGAUCGGGCCGGAGCGGAGCUGCCAGACCCCUUACAGUGACGAAAACAGCAUAGCGUAGUAAGAAGAGAGCCAUCCUAGAGCCAGGAAGACCUGGAAUCAAGGCCUGUCUUUAACACCCCCUGGCCGUGUAACCCUGAGAAGAGUUGGUCAUCAGACUGGACCCAAUAUUUGAACAGAAAAUGGAGAGCACAAUUGGUGAGCAUAUGGUGCCCAAGCCUGAAGAAAAACAAGUGGCAGAAAACAUUAGUGACCAGCAGCAGGCCAAGAAAUGUACUGUGAUCGGGGGCUCUGGGUUUUUGGGCCAACAUUUGGUUGAACAGCUGCUGGCCAGAGGCUACGCGGUCAACGUCUUUGACAUCCGGCAAGGAUUCGAGAACCCCAAGGUGAAGUUUUUCCUGGGAGACCUCUGCAACAAAAAGGAUCUGUACCCUGCUCUGAGGGGGGUGAAGACAGUUUUCCACUGUGCGUCGCCAGCACCAUCCUCUGAUAAUAAGGAGCUCUUUUAUAGAGUGAACUACUCUGGCACCAAGACAGUCAUCGAAGCAUGCAAAGAGGCUGGAGUUCAGAAAUUCAUUUUAACCAGCAGUGCCAGUGUCGUCUUUGAGGGCGUCGACAUCAAGAAUGGGACUGAGGACCUCCCGUAUGCCAUGAAACCCAUCGACUACUACACUGAGACCAAGAUCUUGCAGGAGAGAGAGGUGCUGAAUGCCAAUGAACCCAGCAGUAAUUUCUUAACCACAGCAAUCCGCCCUCAUGGCAUCUUUGGCCCAAGAGACCAGCAGCUGGUCCCCAUCCUUGUUGAGGCAGCCAGGAGUGGCAGAAUGAAGUUUAUGAUUGGGAAUGGGAAGAAUUUAGUGGAUUUCACCUUUGUGGAAAACGUGGUCCAUGGCCACAUCUUGGCUGCAGAACACCUUUCCUCAGACUCUGGCUUGUGUGGACAGGCUAUUCACAUCACCAAUGACGAGCCGAUCCCUUUCUGGGCCUUCCUGUCCCGUAUUCUAACAGGCCUGAACUACGAGGCUCCAAAAUACCACAUCCCCUACUGGUUGGCUUACUACCUGGCCUUCUUCUUGUCUCUGGUGAUCAUGGUGAUCAGUCCUCUCAUCAAGGUCAAGGCUACCUUCACACCCAUGCGAGUGGCACUGGCUGGCACCUACCACUACUACAGCUGUGAGCGAGCCAAGAAGCUGUUGGGCUACCAGCCACUGGUCACCUUGGACCAUGCUAUAGAGCUCACCGUGAAGAGCUUCUACCAUCUGCGCAAGGCCAACUAAAGU